UCAAAUUGCAAAAGAGGGCCGAUCUCUCUCUUUCUCGAUCUAAAUCAGAGAGUUCGCCGAGGAUGGAGAACUCCAGCGUCGAGGUCAAACGUCGUCGCGGCUCAAAAACUCAAAGGGCGUGGGUGGCCAAGCUCGUUGUCGCCGUCGUCGAUCAAAGCAGCAGAAUCGUCGUCGUUGUAGGCGAUUUCAACUCCCAGCAGCCGUCAACCCGCUCUGAUACCAGUGAAUGAAAACAGAGAAGAAGAAAGAACGAAUUUUGAGGGGGUUCCGCUAAUGGAUCCGCCCCAAUGAGAGAUUUUCUCUCAACAACCCUUCCACGUUUUCACGUUCCACAAUUCUCUCUACUGAGAAUUGUUGAUUUGGUCAUCUUAGACCAGGUCAAGCUAACAACUGGGGAUCUCCGUCUCCCUCCUCACGCCGCCGCCACCGGCGAUGAGCGGAGGUCCCAAGUGCACAGGUCAAUGCUAAGGCCCGGAGUAAGCAGAAGAAGAAGGCUGCACUUGAGUUCGAGAACCUUGCGGAUAUUUUCGAGGAUUUUAAGACUGUUAGCCAAAAAGUUUUGAGCUUUAGGGUUUUGGGGUUGAGUUGCCACUGAGACAAUCAGACCCUUUUGAGGAAUCACUUGGAGAUGGAACAUUGAUGCUCAAUGCAGAUCCAUUUAGGGGAGGGCCCUGGAGAUAAACUUGCAUUUCUUACUGGAAAAGAAGAGAUUGAAUUAGUCGAGAGGCUAAUACGUGAGUGUCCUUGCCAAUUAACUGAGGGUAGUCAGAAGAUCCUGACCGCUUUGGUAUACUCCUCACUUCUCUCAGAGCAACAGAUGAAUGUGUUUAAGCCAGCCCCAUGCAUCUGCAAAGGGGAAAACAAUCAUAUCCUGAGGAAGUUCCAGCCAAAGAGUGUCUGGUACGUUACUGUGCUUGGAUCUCUGGCAACUACUCAACGUGAAUAUGUUGCCUUGCAUGCAUUUUGCCGUCUUAUCUUGCAGAUGCAAAAUGCUACGUUGAAGCCCAGUCGAAAGCACUUCCCCAAGCAUGAAGAGCAGCCUCCUGCAAUGCCAGAAUGCUAUACUCCCAGUUUUAUAGAUCACCUUAAGAGGACUUUUAACGGUCUGCAGUUGGAAGCAAUUCAGUUGGCUGCAAUGCAUACAGCUGCAGGUAUGACCAAUGCACUUACAAACAAUCUAGUGAGUGCAGUUCCAAGAGCAUCAGUGUACGUUCAGUUGAUAAAGUAUUGCUGAGUAUGGACCAAAAUCUUUUCUGCACUCUCCCAAGACUAUCACCUAAGCCUAGAAUGCUUGUUUGUGCUCCAUCAAAUGUUGCAACUGAUGAAUUGCUAGAACAAGUCCACGACCGUGGAUUCAUUGAUGGUGGGAUGUCUAUGUAUCGACCUGAUGUUGCUUGAGUUGGAGUGGAUUCACAAACUCGAGCAGCUCAACCAGUUUCUGUUGAGAGAAGGACUAAGCAGCUUUUAGUUAAGGGCUGUGAAAAGGUUAUUGGUUGGAUGCAUCAGUUGAGAACUCGUGAGUCUCAAUUCUCACAACAGAUAUCUCUUGUUCAGAGACAACUUAAUGCAGCUGCUGUAGUUGGUCGAUCUCAAGGCAAGAUUGGUGUGGAUCCUGAAGUUCUUCUUGCUCGCGAUCAAAAUAGUAAUGUUUUAUUGCGAAGUCUUGCUCAAGCUGUUGAAUAAAGGGAUAAAGUGUUGGUGGGAGUGACCCGACUUUGUAUCUUGGGAAGCAGGUUUCGUCCUGGGAGUAACUUUAAUUUGGAAGAUGCUCGAGCUCGCCUUGAAGCGAGUUUUGCUAAUGAAGCCUAGAUAUUUCACUACAGUUCAAGUAGUGAUCGGAA